AUGCCGGGGAACCUGCUUCAGUUCCUUCCCAGCAUGCUCCUGGGCAACGUGCCCAGUUGCGUCACGGGCAUCGUCAGAGGACGCUGGCGGGGCUCCCAGGUGGCGCGCCCGCCGACCGACAGCGACCAGGAGCCCGCGGGCCUGGCCGUGGCCUACAAGUCCACCCGCUCGGCCAAGCCCGUGGGCCCGGAGGACAUGGGGGCCACCGCCGUGUACCAGCUGGACACGGAGAAGGAGCGCGACGCGCAGGCCAUCUUGGAGCGCAGCCAGAAGAUCCAGGAGCAGCGCCGGGGCAAGGACGACGACAAGAUCUACCGGGGCCUGAAUAGUUACCAGAAGUGCACGAAGCCCGGGGCGCCGUGGCAGGGCCACGCGGCCUCGGGGGCGGCCAGGAAGGGCCCCCUGCGCGCCCCGGAGCACCUGCGUGCCACCGUGCGCUGGGAUUACCAGCCCGACAUUUGCAAGGACUACAAGGAGACCGGCUUCUGCGGCUUCGGGGACAGCUGCAAGUUCCUCCACGACAGGUCCGACUACAAGCACGGUUGGCAGAUCGAACGCGAACUCCAAGAGGGCCGCUACGGCGCCUGUGACGACGAAAACUAUGAGGUGGGAAGUGACGAGGAGCAGAAGGCCCGCACGUGCCCCCUCUGUCACCAGCGCUUCCAGCCGCCCGCCGGCGCCAAGGGCCGGCGUCAGUUCUGCCAGAGCUGUGCCCGCAGGCACUUCCGUGGCACCCCGCGCUCUGUCUGUGACCGCCAGACCCGUGUUGUUUCUAAUAGCCUGUCGCUGGCACCUCCGGCGUGUUCUGUGCACAUUAUAAUGGCAUCCACAAAUAGUGAUAGGCAUGAAACACUAAAUGCUGCUUCUAAGUUUCGAGUACUAGAGAACCUCAAGAUAGGAUGGUACGUCAACUUGAUUGGGCCAUUGGUAUCCAGAUACAUGGUCAAACAUGAUUCUGUGUGA